UUGAAUGUUGGGGCUUUCCUGGCCGAGCUGUUCCUGUGUUUCGAGGUGCUGAGACCCCCCUUUGUCACCCCCCGGCAGCUGGGGGGGGGCUCAGAUUUGGGCCACCCCCUCUCCCAAGCCGUGUCCUUCAGCAUCCCCUUCGGUCUGGACAGCGACGUCGACAUCGUCAUGGGCAACCCCGUGGGGGUCCCCGCUGGGACCCUCGCCCGUUCCGCCAGCUCCGACAGCCUCGCCCACCCCCGCCACCCCCCCAGGGCCACCCCUGCCACCCCCCCUGGUGUCCCCAACGGUGUCCCCGAGCCCCCCGAGCCCCCCAGUAUUGAGGAAGCUUUGCAGAUCAUCCACAGCUCCGAGCGUCUCCUUCCCGACGGAGCUCCCGAUGCUUUUUUCCUUCAUUCCCCCGAACCUCAAAAUUUUCCAAAUCCACCCGGGACACCUCAAAAUCUUCCUCAAAGUCUUCCUCAAAAUCUUCCUCAAAAUCUUCCUCAAAAUCUUCCUCAAAAUCCCCCUCAAAAUCCUCCCCAAAAUCCAGCUCGCCCCAUGACCAGUUUUGCAGAACGGAAAAAAAAAUUAGAGGAAGCCACCAACGCCGCGCCCCCAAAUUCAAGCGGCGUUAAUUCGGGAGGGGGGGUCUCCACCACGACCACCACCACCACCACCACUCCCGGGGGUCCCUCCGAAUUGGGUGGGGGUCUCAGCGCCGAAAUGACUCAGCUGGGAGCGCGUUUGGAAGAGAAACGCCGAGCGAUCGAGGCUCAAAAAAAAAGAAUCGAGGCCAUUUUCGCCAAGCACCGCCAACGUUUGGGACAAAACGCUUUGCAACGACUCCGCCGAGAUGAGGAGGGGGCUUCUCCAGCACCUCCCGAGGACGAAUUGAGUCUGGGGGCUCCACAAAAAACUCCACAAGUCCCUGCGGGUCAAUACGAAGCUGCCGUGGCCAGGUUGAGCGCUGCUCUGAACUCGCUGCAGCUCGACAUGCAACGCUUGACUCAACAACAAGAGAGGCUCCUGCUGGAGCAACGACCCCACGGAACCCCCCAAGCUUGGGUGAUCCCCCUCCCCAAAUCCUCCAAGACCCCUUCGGCGACCCCAAAAAACGCUCCAGGUUCUCCAGCACCCGCACGGAGAGGAGGAAACAACAACAACACGGCGGGAAAUUCGACGCCAGCAGCAGCAGCAGGAGGAGGAGGAGGAGGAGGAGCAAGCGCGGGUUCUGUCGCGAUAUCCACGAGUGGAAUCGCGACUGGGGGGUCUCGUAAAGCCCCACCCCGUAGCCCGAGGAGACCCCGGCCCGCUGAGCUGAGGCUUCCCCCUCUAACGAGGGUGCUGACCCCUCCCCACGACGUGGACACGCUGCCUCACCUGCGGCGCUUCUCGCCCAGCCAGGUGCCCGUGCAGACCCGCAGCUCGCUGCGCUUCGCCGACGGCCAGGAGCAGGACGAGCGGGAGCAGGAGGGGGACAUUUUCAGCAUCCUCGGGUACCUGUGGGACCCCAAAAAACCCGGCACCCCAAAAUAA